AUGCGGAGGGCUGGCUUUCAGGCUAGCAGCCUCCUAGGCCGAAUAUGCUCGAGCGGAUUGAACUGCAAGAAGUUGACGGUUGCGUUCAGUAGCAAUGAGCACAUGGCGAUGUCGAGCUGGGCUGGAGACCUUGGAAGACGAAUAGGCACUCAGCUGUACCGGCGCGAGAACGUCGCAGAGCUGCGGCGGCUGCAGGCGGAGCUGCAGCAGCAGUGGACCGCAGCCGGGGAUGGGCGGGCGCGUGCGGAGCUGGAGGCGUGUGCGCGCGAUGAGGAGGAACGGGCAUUUUUCCGCCUGUUGAUGCCGGCGAGCGGGCCGGAGGUGACGCAGCGGCUGGAGGAGGCGGUCAAGGAGGUGCUUGGCGGGCGGAGCAGCCGCGCAGAGAAGCGCGAGCGGCUGUACUGCGCGAUCGCGCUCGUGGCGCGGGAGAACGCGGGUCGUGGAAUCGAGGUGCCGGAGGCUGCGCACCGGUGGUUCGCGGCGGAUCUGGGCCGCAACGAGUACUUUGGCCACAUGCAAUUUCUGAUCGAGCACGGGGUGCAGUUGAAUGCGCCGGCUGCAUUCCAGCUGGUCCGCACGAUGCUGCGUAGCGGGUCGGAGCUGGAGGUGCAGCUUGUGUCGUUCAAGCUGUUUCUGUACGACACCGAAAGCCGUCGGGUAUUCGAGGAGAAGUUUGAUCGCGUGUACGACUUCAUGCGGAUGCACUACGUUAUCACCCAGAUGGUGGUGCGGCGCGACUUUCGGUUCAUGCGCGACUACCUGGAGGUCCUGGCGCGCCGGCUCGAGCAACACGAGUUGUGCGAUGCCCGCAUGUCUGCCGCUGUGCAACGGGACCACAUUGCCCGAUACACCGAGCUGCUGAUGCUGUAUGCGCGGAAGUCUGGGGAUGAGAAAAUGCUGGCGGAGCUCUUUGCCUCCUUGGUCGAUAGUCUGCCUCGCGGGAUGGGCGGAGCCACUCUUCGUCAGCCAUUGCAUGAAGUCAUGACGUACCUGAUCAGCGAAAACCAGCCGCAACAGGUGCUGAAACUGGUGGCGGGCAUGCGCAAGGCGGAGCCCAAUCGGCGGCCGGGCAAAUCCUCCGUUCCAGGCACCUUGGCGCUGGUUGUUUCGGCGUUGCGACAGUUCAACAAUCCUAAUCUCGUCGUGAGCUUUAUUGUGCAGGCAUACAGAAAGACGCAAACGAGAGUGCUGCUGGGACAACUCGGGCUAUGGUCUCUGGCAUUUUAUGGCCGCGCUGUUGCGCUCUCUCCCGAGGCGGCGAAGUCGCCGCAGGAGCUGGCGCAGAUAUCGCCUGUGGACCUGCCGAAGGAGCUAAUACUGAAGUCCGUACCUGACAGCUGUAUAAUGUGCGAGCUCUAUCAGGCGAUUCUAUCCGAGAAGCGAUCGCAGGUGCCCGCGGAGGAGUACCGCGAGAUUUUAAUCCAGCUAUUUGCGCUUUACCAGGACUUUAUGGGGAAGCUGGUUCACAAAUAUGACUACUAUCAUUUGUACGACACCAGUGUCCUCCGCUUGCUGCUUUACAAGAUCAAGAACGAGGUUGGUGAUGGCGAGUUGGCAUUCAAGCUCCUGAUGGACUUCUAUGGGCAACCUAAAAUGCGGCCAAAGUGCACCGCGGAAGGUAACCCGUUCGGCGUGGUGCUAUACCAGAACAACGCGAUCACGCAAACACAAUUAAACCAGGCUCUUGCGCUCAUGGGCGGCCUGCGCAUCCCAAUGGACUUCAAGACCACGUCGAGCAUGGUGCUCUGGUAUGCGUCCGCGGGCGACAUCGAUCUGGCCCACACCUGGUACACGAAGCUGGUCCGUGGCAGGUUCCAGAUGAAAAACCGCCGGGUGCUGAAGCUGGCGCUAGCGCACGGCUGGACAAUCCCUGCGUAUGCCGACCAGCAACUCGUGUCUGAGCUUUCGCGCGCGGAUAAUUCGAGCGACGGCCCAGAGCACACACAAGAAGCUGUCGAAACUGCAGUCUUAGAAAGCGAAGAGGCGUCAGCGUGCACCAGCAUAAUCAUCGAGAAGGCCGAUGAGCUGUUGCACAAGAUACAGCAGACACGGCCUCUCGAUCCGCCAAGCGAUACCAGAUCGGCAGCACCUUGA